AUGGCGCCAGCAAAAUCAGCACGCGCGAAGAAGUUCGCUGCGUUUGAGGAAAAGGCUAUGAAGGAUUUCGAUCCGGAAGCGAAUGCCCCCCCGUCCGAUAGCGACAGCGACAGCGAGGCCGAGGAGGACUUGGCAGGAACUGAACACUAUGUAAAUGUUGGCAAGAGUCGUCUCCGCCAAAAGGAGGCCCCGGCACUAGGUCCCAAGUACAGCGGCGUCAAAGUCAGUCGCGCGGCCCUGGAUGACAGCAGCGAUGGCAUGAGCGAGGGCGAGUCAGAAGAGGACGAUGAAAGCGGCUCGGAGGACUCCCAAGAGUACGACGACCCCGACACGGCCGAUCUUGAACGAGAUAACAUCAUCGACGAGGACGACGAAAUCGACAGCGAUGAGGCCUUUGGGGAGGGCGAGGAGGAACGCUUCAGAAAGAAGGGUUUCACAUUUAAAGACAGCAAGAGCGCUGCCAAGAAGGAUUCCAAACCUACCACCAACGGGCGAUCAAAGAGGGCCGUCGCGGCGGAUUUCAUGUCCAGCUCGGGAAGCGAGCAGGAUGAAGACGAGGAGGAAGAUGCCGAGUCCGAACACGGUUCAGAGAGCGACGAUUCGCUGGACGACCUAGCCUCGGGGGACGAUCUCAUCGACAGGGAAGCCGAGGAAACGUCCGACGAAGACUCGGAAGAGGGCUCUGAGGAAGAUGAGAGCUCCGAGGAUGGAGAGGAAGAAGACUCGGACGUCGAGAUGGAUGAUUCCAGGCCCAAGGACAGCGAAGAAUCGCUGCGCGGGAUGAUGCAACAAGGCGAGAAGCCCGCGCUCAACAUCAUAUCCCAAGCAGCCAAGGAGGACGCCGAGAAGGGUGCUGCGAUCCGGAAGCAGAGGCGUACAUACGAUUCGCUCUUGAACCUCAGAAUCCGCCUCCAAAAGGGCCUCGUCGCCACCAACUCUCUAAACGAGGCGACCGAGGUUGACGACGCAGACAAGGAGCCCUACGAGGCGGCCGAGGAGGCUGCUAUCAAGCUGUGGAACGCCAUCGAUGGCUUCAGGGCCAGCCUGCUCCCCGAGCCCAAGGCGGGAGAGAAGCGCAAGCGGGACGCCGCCGUCAUGUCCACCGACGAGCUCUGGGAGGAGAUGCAAGCCACCGAGAAGCGGGCCAUCGCGAAGCGGAAACAGGUCCUGGAGAAAUGGUCCACCAAGGCCAAGAACAAGACGACGGUCGUGAACAGCAACACUCGUCAGCUCGGCGCCGCCAAGGGCUCAGAGUCGCUGGUUUCCGUGCUCGAGGACCAGAUGAUGCUCAACACGGACCGCUGGGUCAAGCGCACCCAGGUGCCCCGGUCCUGCGCCCCCCUCCAGGUGGCCAAGAAGGUCACCGAGGACCCGACCAUCUACGACGACGCCGACUUCUACCAGAUGCUGCUCAAGGAGCUCGUCGACCAGCGCACCAGUGACUCUGGAGCCACGGGCAACGACAACGUGCCCACGGUGCGGUGGACGGCGAUCAAGGAGGCCAAGACGCGGAAGCAGGUGGACAGGCGGGCGAGCAAGGGCCGCAAGCUGCGGUUCACGGUGCAUGAGAAGCUGCAGAACUUCAUGGCGCCAGAGGACAGGCGGUCCUGGGAGGACGAGGCCAUCGACCGGCUGUUCGGGACCCUGUUCGGGCAGCGCAUGCAGCUCAAGGAGGAUGUCUCGGACGAGGAAGACGAUGAUCUUGUGGCCGAGGAGGAGGGGCUGAAGCUAUUCAGGAAUUAG